GCGCGGAAGUUGGCGGCGUCCGCGCCCCCGCCGGUCCAGGCCCGCGGCCAUGUCCUCAGGGGGCGCUGGGUCCGGCGGGCAGGAGGGGGCAGCGCGCGCGGCGGCCGCGCUCUGCGGUCUGUACCAAGAGGCCGGGCAGCGGCUGAGGCUCCUGCAGGACCAGCUGGCCGCCCGGGACGCCCUCAUUGCGCGCCUCCGCGCCCGCCUGGCCGCGUUCGAGGGCGACACGGCCCCCUCGCUCGUGGACGCGCUGCUGGAGCAGGUGGCGCGCUUCCGGGAGCAGCUCCGGCAGCGGGAGGGCGGCGCGGGUGAGGCGGCGCUGCGCCAGGAAAUUGAGAGACUUUCUGAGCAGUUAGAAGAAAAAGAGAAGGAGACGCAGCAGCUGAUGAGCCAGCCGGAGCGCGAGCGAGAGAGGGAAGUGGCACUGCUCCGGAGGAGUGUGGCGGAGAAGGAACGGGCCCGGGCUGCCAGUGACAUCCUGUGCCGCUCCUUGGCUGAUGAGACCCAUCAGCUGCGGAGGACUCUGGCCGCCACCGCCCACAUGUGCCAGCAUCUGGCCAAGUGUCUGGAUGAACGACAGCGCGCUCAGGGGGACGUGGGGGAGAAGAGUCCGGAGCCAGAGUGUACAGGCGGGGCCGCCUCCGUACAGGCUGUUCUUGAGAAGUUACGGGAAGAAAACCGACUGUUACGACAAAAGGUGACUCAUGUGGAAGACCUCAACGCCAAGUGGCAGCGCUACGACGCCAGCAGGGACGAGUACGUGAGGGGGCUCCACGCGCAGCUGCAGGGGCUGCGGGCCCCCCCCGAGCCUGAGAGGCCCUCCUGCCCCGAGCUGAUGAGGAAGGAGAUUUCCAGGCUCAACCGGCAGCUGGAGGAGAAGAUGGGCGCGUGUGCGGACGUGAGGCGGGAGCUGGUGGCCGUGAGGGGCGCCCGCGAUGCGGCGCUGGAGCGCGUGCAGAUGCUGGAGCAGCAGAUUCUCGCUUACAAGGAUGACUUCACCUCAGAAAGGGCAGACCGAGAACGGGCCCAGAGUAGGAUUCAGGAGCUCGAGGAAGAGGUGGCUUCCUUGCGGCAGCAGGCGUCCUGGACACAGGACCGCCGUGAGCCAGGCUCCUGCCGGAUUCACACGGGAAACAAAACCUCCAAGUACUUAGAGAUGGGUGCUUUGGAGCUCGUGGCACCCAGUGGCUGGAGGGCAGGGACUGGAUCUCAGGGGCUGGACUCCCCCGCCGAGGGCAGAGCGACCCGGAGAGCGCAGGGGGACCUUCAGUGCCCUCACUGCCUGCGGUGCUUCGGUGACGAGCAAGGCGAGGAGCUCUUCAGGCAUGUGGCUGAGUGCUGCCAGUGA